CGAAUUACAUGCAUGUCCAGUGGGGGAAGGUUUAAUUUUGACGAUGGAGGGUCUUACUGUGGAGGAUGGGAGGACGGAAAGGCUCACGGCCAUGGAAUCUGUACCGGCCCGAAGGGUCAAGGCGAGUAUUCAGGAUCCUGGAGUCACGGCUUUGAGGUGCUGGGGGUCUACACCUGGCCCAGUGGCAACACUUACCAGGGCACCUGGGCGCAGGGCAAGCGCCAUGGCAUUGGCGUGGAGAGCAAGGGGAAGUGGGUGUACAAAGGAGAGUGGACCCAUGGAUUUAAGGGACGGUACGGGCUCCGAGAAUGCACUGGCAACGGGGCCAAAUAUGAAGGCACCUGGAGCAAUGGAUUACAGGAUGGCUACGGCACAGAGACCUACUCGGAUGGAGGGACAUACCAGGGCCAGUGGGUCGGCGGGAUGCGCCAAGGCUACGGUGUCCGGCAGAGCGUUCCCUAUGGCAUGGCUGCGGUUAUCAGGUCGCCCCUGAGGACGUCCAUUAACUCGCUGCGCAGCGAGCACACCAACGGCACGGCGCUGCACCCCGAUGCCUCGCCCGCGGUGGCUGGCAGCCCCGCCGUCUCCAGGGGCGGCUUUGUCCUCAUGGCCCACAGCGACGCCGAGAUCCUCAAGAGCAAGAAGAAGGGCAUCUUCCGGCGGUCCCUGCUAAGCGGGCUCAAGCUGCGCAAGUCUGAGUCCAAGAGCUCCCUGGCCAGCCAGCGGAGCAAGCAGAGCUCCUUCCGCAGCGAGGCGGGCAUGAGCACCGUCAGCUCCACUGCCAGCGACAUCAACUCCACCAUCAGCUUGGGAGAAGGUGAGGCAGAGCUGUCCGUCAUCGAGGACGACAUCGAUGCCACCACCACCGAGAUCUACGUGGGCGAGUGGAAGAACGACAAGCGGUCGGGCUUCGGGGUCAGCCAGCGCUCGGACGGGCUGAAGUACGAGGGGGAGUGGGCCAACAACAAGCGCCACGGCUACGGCUGCAUGACCUUCCCGGAUGGCACCAAGGAGGAAGGGAAGUACAAGCAGAACGUCCUGGUCAGCGGCAAGCGGAAGAACCUCAUCCCGCUGCGGGCCAGCAAGAUCCGCGAGAAGGUCGACCGGGCCGUCGAGGCAGCGGAGAGGGCGGCCACCAUCGCCAAGCAGAAAGCGGAGAUCGCGGCGUCCAGGACCUCCCACUCCCGGGCGAAAGCGGACGCGGCUGUGACAGCAGCGCAGAAAGCUCAGGAGGAAGCUCGGAUUGCCAGGAUCACUGCCAAAGAGUUUUCGCCUUCCUUCCAGCACAGGGAAAAUGGUCAGUCUGCGCUGCCGAGCCUGCCAGACUCCCGGGAUGACUUCAUUCUGUGGCUCGAGUGCCAGAGGCCAAAGCGUCAGAAUUCAAGCGACGACAUCGAGGUCCUCUCCACGGGGACCCCUCUCCAGCAAGAAAGCCCGGAGCUGUACCGGAAAGGGACCACCCCUUCAGACCUCACUCCCGAUGACAGCCCCCUGCAAAGCUUCCCCGCCAGCCCCACCUCCACCCCGCCGCUGGGUCCCUCCUGCCGGAACAAGAGCGCCCAUUUCUCCAGACAGGUCUCGGUGGACGAAGAGAGGGGUGGGGAGAUCCAGAUGUUGUUGGAGGGACGAGGCGGGGACUACUUAAGACCCAACAGCUGGAGUGAAGACAAAGCAGGUGGGACUCGUGGCAUUAGAAGUGGGGCCCUGCGCAGCGGUCACCUGGGGUCCUCCUCCAUCCCUGAAGACUACAGAGGCCGGAGCGGAGGACACAAACACAUGGCCUCCAACCACAAGCAAAGAGAGCGGUGGACAGAUUCCCCAGCCACGGUUUCUUGGACUUCCCACCAUCGGCCCCACAACCACAGCUCAGGGAGCUCCAAGCUGCUUGAGCUGGACGAGGAGAAGAUGAGCAAUUACGAGAUGGAGAUGAAGCCCCUCAUGAGGAUGGAUUCUUAUAUGCAAGAGAUUCACACCCAAAAAAGACACUAUAGCAAAGCCGGCCCCUGCAGGAGCCUGGCGGAGGACCACCGUGGGGAAGACCGGGGCUUCGGGGUUCAGAGAUUGAGGUCUAAGUCCCAGAACAAAGAGAAUUUCAGGCCAGCUUCCUCUGCCGAGCCGACGGUGCAGAAACUGGAAAACCUGAGGUUCGGUGACAAAGGUGAACCCCGGCUACUACGGUGGGACUUAACCUUCUCCCCGCCACAGAAAUCCUUACCUGUUGCACUAGAAUCCGAGGAGGAGAACGGGGAUGAGCUCAAAUCCAGUACGGGCUCCGCUCCCAUCCUGGUAGUCAUGGUGAUCUUACUCAAUAUUGGAGUCGCCAUUUUGUUUAUUAACUUUUUCAUCUAACUCGAGACUGUCUCGUUUGCAAAAAUAACAGUUACACGUACAAACGGGGGAAAAACAAACCAAACAAGAACAACAAAAACAAAAACAAUCAAAAAAAAAAAAAAAAAAAA